AAUGAGAUGCUCGUCAGAAGUUGUCAAUAAACAAUAUGGACGAUUUGUAUUUCAUUUACAAAUUUACAUUAUUCGUUAAAAUGGUCCAGCUGUAGAUCUAUACAAGAUGCUAUCGUGUUUGAAAAAAUUGAUAGACUAAAUUACAGGUCUAAAUAUGGCAUCUCAUUUGCCUAAGUCGGCAGAACAAGCAUUACUUAAAGACGUUAUAUUAUUAUUGUGGGGACCAUCUCUCAAAGAAGACUUAUUUUCUCGUUGGACUCAGGGUUUUGUUUUUAGUGAGAAAACAAAUACAGCAUUGGUACAGCUUCAGGGUGGACCCUGUGCCAUCAUUGCACCAGUUCAAGCUUUCAUAGUCAAAUGUGCCCUGUUCAAAGGUGGAAACUGCAGUAUAGAUGCAUUGACUUCAGUUUCAGCUGAAAGAGCCAACCAGCUACUAGUUGAAGCGCUCUAUGAAAUUUUAUCUCAGUUGAACAGCUCACAGUAUAUUUUAGUAAGUCUGUCCAAACAUCUCCCAAGUGUAGAGUCACAACUGUCUGCCGAGCAACUGAAAUGUGAAGAGAAUGGAGAGACAAGCACACCUUCCAUUCAGGAUGAAAGCAACAACACAAAAAGGGCAUUAACUGCAUUAAAUCAAGAGUCUUUCCAUGCCAAUUUAAAGUUUCACCAUUGCAGUGAUACUGAUGAACUUCAUAGGUCUCUGGAGAAAUCUCUACCAGAAUUUCAAUCCAAAUUUGGAGUUUUACUUUAUUUAUAUUCUUUAGUUUUAUCAAAGGGAGUGCGACAAAUAAAAAAUGAAGUAGAAGAUCCAUCAGAACCUUUAAUAGAUGGAAUCUAUGGACAUGGGAGUCAAAGUUUAAUAAAUUUACUACUGACCUCACAGGCCACAUCCUAUGUCUGGGAUAAUGAUAAGGAUAUAUCAGGACUAAAACUUCGAGGCCUAGAAAAGCAGUCCACUAUAGGAUUUUUAUCUUUACUAGAACAUCUGCGUUAUUGUGAGGUAGGAUGGUUUUUCAAGAAUCCCAAGUAUCCAAUCUGGCUUCUAGGAAGUGAAACUCAUCUUACAGUAUUGUUCUCCACUAAUGAAAACCUAGUUGUAAAGGACAAUCCAUCUAUAAAUGCCAGACACGUGUUUUCUCAAUUUGACAGUGAAGGUAAUGGUUUUAUUUCAUCGUCGGUUUUAGAAGAAGUUAUGAAAUUGUUAGACCUUGUUGCGGAUAAAGAGUAUGUGGACAUUAUGAGAGAAAAAAUGGAUAGUGAGCAGUUAGGAAUUAUUACAAGAAACAGCUUUAUGGAAGAAUUUUUCCCAGAAGAGCCGCCAGAACAGCCAAGGUCAUUUCACCUGUAUCAUUACAAUGGUAUACCACACUCCUGUCCUGGUGGGAAAGUAACUUUUGUGGAAGCCUACGCCAUUCUAGAUGAGGAAGUGGAGACACAGUUUAUCACUGACACUAGCCCCAUCAAAUUAUGCCUGCAAACAAAAUGGCCGUCUAUUGAAUUAACAUGGACCAACAAGCUGACUCCUUCUCUGAACUGAAGUAUAGACAAUUGUGAUAAAAAUACAGCAGCAACAAAAGUAUGGCUUUUGAAGCAAAGAAAUCUAUUUGUACAAUAGUUCCAGUCCAAUGUCUCCUUUUUAAAUGAGAUGUAUUUUAAAGUUCAUAGUCACAUAUAAAUUAACAUAUGAUUAGUAAGAUCUAUCUACAAAGCUAUAUUUAAUUUAUUUAAUACUAUUAAUUUCUAAACUUUAUAUUUUCAAUACAUAUUUUCUUACGUUGGAUGAUCUAUGUAGAAACUUGUUCAGAAUGCCAUAAUAAAUGGAAUUGUUUUUUGUAUAGUGCACAUACAACAGCCGCAAUACAAAAACUUCUCCAAUGUUAACAAGAAUAUUAGUUUCUCACACCCAAAACCCAUUUUAAAAAUCAAAACAUUUUUUUUUUUGCUUGCUCAACAAUGAUUCGUAUCCAGCAUUCAACUAGUUCCAAGAGCUGAUCAAAACUUUUGCACAGCCACAUUUGAACAGCUUCAUAUUUGGGUGCUUCUUAUAGAGGUUAUAGUGGUGCUAAUCAAAGAAUUAGAUAUUAAUCCUAUGGAUUAUGUUGUUUUUGCUUCAAAGCUUUGUAUCGUGUUCUUUUAAAGAAAAACAAAAAGUGUUGUGCUUCUUUGUGACAAUUUGUUAAACAGAGCAUUGGCUCAAUCAAACUGUUAUGGUGUUAAUAGCUUAGAUUAGCCUUAGUUUUGUCAAAUGUUCACAUCUAUUUUAUACAUUACUAUAAAUAUUUAUUUUAACUUCAAGCAUUAAAAAAAAUAAA